GGGUCACGCAUGGACGAAAAUGGGCGAAUUCAAAUCGAUUGGCCAAUGCGGCCUGACGUGCACACUAGAGAAGAUAAAAAAUAAAGGGUGUGAUGAGCGAAAAAGAAAGCCGAAUCAAGCAAGCAUACAAGGGAGGUAAUGAGGAUGGAGAAAAAAAAAUGCCUCAGCAGAAAGCGAUCCCUCAUGAAGUGAGGAAGGAGAGAAAGAAGGAGAAGAAGAAUGUCAAGAGGUUACCCGCUGCCUUCUCUCCUUCUCUCUUCUAUUUCUCACCACUACUUCCUAACCCUCUUUCACCUUCUCUUACUCUCAAUCGAUAUACUCUUUCGCCCAUUCACCCUACAGAAUCAAACCAAUACAAUGGCGUCUGUCAUGCUCUUCCCAAACGUGGCCACUCAUCGGAGGAUGCCUCACCUUUCCAAGGAGCCUAAGGAAUCCAAGUUAUUGAACAGCAAGCCGUCCAAGGACGACCUCUCAGUACCUUCUCCGCAUUCGAAGGAUGGUGUCACACCAUGGCCUGCGCACGACCAUCCGUCAGAUACCAACGAUGCUGUAGUCGAUACUCUUAACGGGCUGUCUUUGAGCGGAGUCUCGCAUUUGACAAUCGCUUCACCAGGCACGUCCUCCAAUGGCCAAAACCGGCUCCUGCAGGACUGUAGUCCUUCGGAGAGCAAGGCCAGUCUGACUAUCAAUACGACCCGCACGAGCAGCAGCGCCCAAAAGACACUCCUCACGGUUCCUUCAUCUGAGGCACAGUCUGAAAUUACAUCCCAUACGGAUGUUUCUGCCAGCCAAGGGAGCCAGAAGCAACAUGGGCAGGACGAUGCUUUGCAAGGCCACCCUGCACAACUUGGUCACCAGCAACAGCUGCAGCCGAAUCCCCUGAAUGGACCACAUGGUCAGAGCUGCUCAUCACCAUCAUUGUCGGCUGUCGCGACUCCUCUCAGCGCCUUGCCCCCUUUAGGAGUUAUUACAGCUUCUUCGUCAUCGCAAGACUCGAAGAUGAUCAAAAGCGCACUCCACGAUGCCUUUGGAUGCCUUUAUCAUCCAGUUCAGCAUACACACCAUCCUUCGUCAUCAUCGUCCACCUGCUCAACGCCCCAUGGUAAACUGUCGGCGGCACUACGAUCGGGUGAGGGUACACCCUCACUUGGGAUCUCUCCACGUGCUUCUCCUAUGCUGCGUCCUCACAUGGGGGCUUCUGCGCCAAUUACACCGUUGGAGCUGACCUCAGCGGAUGGACAUUCAAGCGGUGGAGGAUAUUUCGGACAGAACACAACGGGAUCGUCCUCUAGGCAUCUGCACGCACAACAUCAUCAACCCCACCACCAUAAUCUGCUUCCUAUCCAUAUCUCUCAUGCACUCCAAAGUCCACAUUCUCACGAUUCGAGUCGACGCGCACCCAGUUUGCAUCAAGAUGACAUCGUACCGCCAAAGACCGUUACAAAAAGACCUUCGUUGGACUUGAAUCUCAACCCAACAGAGCACCCUGUUCUGUGUUCGUUGCAGACACUCAGUCUGACACACCCACAUCCACCAGAGCAUUACCAUCCGCAUCUAGGUCACGACUUGGGCCAUGACCGCAUUCCAGUCUUGCCAACUGAAAUUACUCCUGUCACCGCACAGACACCUGCACAACCCCAACAACAAGGGCAAUAUACAUCAUCGACACAGCCACGUAGGGCACAAACAGCGGCCCUGAAGCCGAUACAGUCAAAACUUUCUAAGCAACCAUUGACACCUGACGAGCUUUUGUUGAACACUGCGGCUGCGAAUGCUCCAGGCGGAUCUAGUCUAUUCCCAAUGGACAAUAUCCAUGGUGACGCGUCCAUAGGUCGCCUUCACUGAUACCCGGCUUCAUCAUGUAGACAGACAAUAAAAUCCAAUUGCUUUUCUCGAUUGGACUAUACAUAUCGGCAGCAGGUACGUUCCAUGUAGUCGGGUGAGCUACGGAAAGGUAUUGGGGCGGGUGUAUGCAUGCUCCAACGAUGGGUGCACAGUCAAAAGCAACAAAGCAC